AAAGCAGUACCGAUUUUUUUUUUUUGUAUGGGGAGUGAUGCAGUCUAAUGUAUUUGUGUAUGAAUGUUCGAAGGAAUGGCAAAUAGCAAGUAGAACAUUGAACAAUCACCUAACUUUAACUAUUUUAAUUAUAAGCUCAUUUGUUGUUCGGUAAUACAUAAUAUUUGCAUAUUACAGAUGAUAUCGACGAAAUUCUAUGCUGGCUAUGAUGAGGAAAUCUAUUUGAGCGAUUGGGCUGAGGAUGGGCAUUUGACUGAGAAAAAAUUAAAGAAGUUAGAAUUGGAAUUUCUGUGUGCUAUAGAUUGGAAUAUAUACAUAUCGAAGGAAGUAUUUUUUGAGAAAUUAAGCGGCAUUGAGAAGCAACUCGCUCGACGUGAAGGUUUACGUCGUGGCUGGCUAACCUACACUGAGCUGAUACAAAUGCUACCCUCCUUUACAUUAGUCAAGUUUAUACUAAAUAAUAUUGCUGUGAUGGCAGUCAGUUAUGCCGCAAGUGUAAUAACCAUAGCUGGUGCCUUCUUUUUGGCCAGUCAAAUUCCAGGCACCGCACUACAUCGGAAAACUAUAUCUGCAGUAAUUAGUGGUCAGAUCGCAGUUCAACAAUCGACACCUAUUGUUGACUAUCGGGCUACUCUGCUGGAUGCUCAACCACGUCUACGCCGCUCAAAUGGGAUCGAAAUAUCGAAAUCGGCUGCAAUUCCUACAACUACAACAAUCGGCGAAGGAACUGUACACAAUGCUACCUGCACAGCUUUAAAUGUUGAAGCAGAACUUUUGAAACUCGAAUGCCAGUAUAGAGCAGAAGAAAAACAGGAGGCAGUACGUCGCCGUCAACAUGAGAUUGAUAGUUCAACACGCUUGACAUUACCGGAUGCAGUGCAACGUAUUGCUGGAGGAAAUAAGAAAUCAAAGAAUGCCUGGUACACUACUCGUUUUGGUAUAGACUUGGUACGAAAUUGGUUUGCGCUCAAAGUUAAGUAUACGGAUGGCAGGCUUGACGAUUGGUUACAAUCAUUGGAUGAUUUGCAGUCCCCUCGAAAGCAAGAAAAGAAAAAGCAGCAUGAGAAUAUGAUGGAUUGGAAUGCUUGGAGCUUAGGCAACUACACAACUUCAAUAUUCUGGCAGCUGCUCAGUGAUAACGCUCAACAAUCGCUUGUGCGUUUGCCAUCAAUGUGGAUUAAAUUUAUUUAGUAUAUGUUUACAUUCUUUACACAGCUGAGUUGCUACGCACAUAUGUAUGUACAACACAUUGAAUCUAUAAAUGUGUAAUUUUCGAGCAGAGUUUUUAUGGUAAUUCCACUUAAUUUUAUUAACUAUAAUGCAAAAUUACUAGGCAUUGGAAGUACUAAUUUUAAAUUAACAUUUUAAAUCAAAUUGAAUCAAUAUUUUAUAUAAAUGACAUCAUAUUAUUUACAAUUUCAGUUAAUACAAAAAACUGCGAUUUUUUUUCACUACCACUUGAGUUCUCGCAAAGCGCGGAUAUAAUCAAAUAUAUCUGUCUAAAACACUUUAAAUGAAUUAAUUUAUUUUUUUUCCGGAUUUUCAGCUACUAUAAUAACAAAAUAAAUGUUCCUUGAUUUACUAGUUCUUACUAAAUUAUUAAUUUUUCAAUAGAAUCAUUGAAAUCCUAAUAGUCGAAUGUGUUAAAAUGAAAGUAAAAUUAUUUUUUUAUGAAGCCGAAGAGAUGGAAUAUUGCAAAAAUUAUGUCUUAACAUAAGCAAUUAAACUUAUAAUACAUACUUAUAAAGCAUACAUAAAUAGUGCACAAAUACGAAAUCUUCUUAGAUAGAAGUGUAAUAAAAUUAAUGCUUAACAAUUUUAAUUUUUUUU